GAACAGUAUUCCCAGUAUUCCAGAUACUACACAGGUUUUAAAUUUCUCCGGUAAUCAUCUUCCCAGUCUUCAGGAGGAUUUAUUUCUCUCUGCAGGGUUGAAUAAUCUUCAGGAACUGUUUCUGUCUCAUUCUCACCUGGAAACAAUAGAUAGAUUUUCUCUCCGUGGUUUGAGUAAUCUUGUUCGAUUGGACUUAAGUUAUAAUCUGAUAGGUUGGAUUCCUAGCCCAGCCUUUAUAUAUACCCCUCAACUCAGAGAACUAUUUAUCGCUCACAAUCCAAUAUCAUCAGUAGAAGAUUAUGAGUUUCAAAGUUUAGGAGAGUUGGUUAGAUUAGAUUUGACUGGAUGCAGUAUCUCUUAUAUUUCUCUAAGAGCCUUCUCUCCCCUACACAGACUUGAGAAACUACUUCUCAGCUCAAACAAGCUCAGAACUUUGUCUUCCGUUGUUCUGCUUCCUUUAUUUCAUCUUCAGACCCUUGAGUUGGAUCGGAAUCCCUGGAUCUGUGACUGUUCCUUGAGACCCACUGUACAGUGGGUUCUUGAGAACAAUAUUCCUCUCUCUAUCCCUCCAAUAUGUACAGGUCCAGAAUCCGUCAGAUAUAAGAGCUGGGACGUCCUAGGUUUAGAAGAAUUGAGCUGUCCUCCUGUAUCUGAAAUCAACGUAACUCAGAGCACAAGUCCAGCUACUGUAGGAGGGAAUAUAAGCCUGACCUGCAGCUAUACUGGUGACCCUACACCCACCUUAGCCUGGGUACAGGAGCAAAGAUCUGUGACAGUCGGAGAGAGAAUUUUGAUUUCAACAGAAACAAACGGAAAUACAGUGAGCAGUACAUUGGAUAUGUACAAACUUACGGAAGGACAGGCGGGCAGGUACACCUGUAUAGCUAGAAACACUGGAGGCUCAGCAGUAACAGCAUAUAAUGUUAAAGUUAUUGAUAUUAAACGGUUCUAUCAGAUUAUGAGAUUGAAGAUUUAUAUAAUUCUCUCAGUUGGUGGUUGCGUCUUACUCCUAUGUACAGCAGUAAUAAUCAUGUACAUGUACAAGAAGAGAAGAGGAGACAAGAAUAUAAAUAAAUUUCAUCAAGCAGAUUGUGAUGCACAAUGGACCCAUCUUAUACCUCAAACAGAAACUAGGAAUAGUAUUCAGUAUUCUGUGAACUUCUCAAAUCAUUACAAAUCAAAACCUCAGGCAUUCUUUAGAUCUGAAUAUUUAGCUGUUGCUAUGUCUGAUGAUGAUUUGCAGGAUUGUGAUCAGAAUGAGAUGAUGAAUCCUGGUGUGAGAACUGUACCCUGCAGGAUCCAAGCAGAGAAGACAAGUACACUGCCUGAUGUUCUAGAUAUUGAUCUGGUGGAGCCUAAAGUCCAGAGAAUUGGAAGGAAACUAGAAAUUAAUUCCUCGCCGUAUAAACUAAAUCUAAAGGAUAUAUCUUCAAACCAUACCUCGUCCGACCCAGCUACAGAUCAAGAUGUUAAGAGGAAUAUUAUUCCUGACGACAAAGAUGAUAAAAUAUUAAAAGAGUUGUUACCGGAUAUUGUUCAAAAUGAAGACUCUGAAAAAUAUGUUAAAGUUACAAAUGAGGAAGAGAACCAAAACAUCGACGGUAUUGUUUCUACUAAAAUUAGAUAUAAACGAUUUGACGAGGACUUUCUGGAACCAGUAUUAGGAUGUGAACGAUUUCAGAUUCGUCUAGUUGACGAAAAUUAUUCCACUUUGAAAACAAGGAAUAUCACAGAUCUAGACUUGGAUAAGAAAAGAGUUACUUUCUCAAUACCGGAGAGAUAUAUGAAAGAGUUUACACCAGACAGAGAGGAUAUAGACGGAGAGAGGAUCCUAAGCUUGGAAGAGGGAAAGAAAGAGGAGAAAAAGAAGGCAAAAAAGAAGAGAAAUAAGAUCAAUUCUUCCCCAGAAUCCAAACUUGGAGAUGAAAACAAAAUAUCAGCUGAAGAGUAUAAACAUCUAAUCCAGGAUCUGGCAAGAAUGAAGGAAGCAUGUGACCGACUAAAGCAGACAAACCUACGAGCUGAACUAGAAACCUUAAACCAAACCAUCAGUAAACUGGAAAAGUCGGGACUAAGUCAGAACGUUGGAAGUUUAAAGGAAAGAUACCAGUCUGUUAUAAGUAAAGUAGCUACAGCAAGGUUACCCAGCGAUCAAUGUGGACUUUCAAAAAUCUCUUUUUUAACUGAAAUCGAUGUAAUGGAUGAACAAUUUAUUGAUUUAACUUUGCGAAAAUAAAUAUUUUUUUUGUUUA